CUUCUUGCGUGUGCAUCGAAUAUGAUAUAAAAACCCCAAGAAGAAGAAGAGGAAUAAGAGGGAAAGAUCGAAGCUUUGGCGGCGAGAGUCAGAUCCCGCCCCAACCCUCGCCCGCCGCUGCUCAUCUUCGGACAAAAACCCUUCCUUUCAGGCCCACAAGUUCAUGAUGGAGGUCCAAACUCUAGGUGAUCCAAAGCCGCUUGUUCAAGCCACGCUUCAACUUGGAUCAGAAAAAUAUGCCUUUGCAGCAGCCGCUAAUGGCGGCACUCUUUCGGAGCAACUGGCUUCAAUGAAAGAGGAAAGCAUGAGGAUAUUCAAGGAAUACAUCACCAAACAUAAUGUCCCCACUGAUGUUCCAGACGACCUUGUUGAGAGCUCUUCAGAAGAUGACGUUGAAGCCACCGAGAAGCCAUCAGUGAAGUCAAAGAAAACAAAAUUAAAUUAAUCUAUUCAUUAGAAUGCCGAUUAGAAUGUGUACGAGGAGCUCAUUUGACCUAGUUACUGUUGUAAACUAGUUUUUAAAUGCCAAUUAAGCGGCUGCUCAAUCAAGUUGCCUGAUAUCAAUGUGCUUUGGCAUUCUCGCAAUUCUGGUUUUCUAUAAUUCUGGUAUUCGAUAUA